UUGAGGACUACUUAUAACGAAAGAAGUAGAACUAGCCCAGCUAACAGAAGUGACUGUUGCGGCCGAGCCAGCGGACAUGCGGGCAGAGACAAAAAAGCACAGCCACGACGUGUACAAGAGGCUGCUGUCGUCCGAGCCCGAGGCAAGCUUUUGUGUCAACUGCCCUGGCACCAUCUUGCCAGACGGCUUGACUCUUGCGUAAUUUCGUCACCAUCUUCUGAUGACUUGCACCCCAGGCUUUGGUUGCCAGGAGGACAAAGAUGCGAUGCCUUUUGGCCGGUCAGUCGGUCGACCUCGCUCGGGGUUUGUGUAAGGUUGCCGACUCCAGAGGCUUGUCCCGUCGUGACGUCGAGAAGAUGUCCCGCUGACGGUGUCCUGUCGAAGGUGUGUCUCGAAGGCGAGAGCGACGGUGACGACGUUGGUUUGUGUGCUGCCUCAGUGGAAAUACCCGAGACGGGAUGA